UUCACGUCUUAAUCACGUUGAUUAAUUAAUAAGGGCUGGAUGAGAGCGCGCAAAGCGGCGGCGCGGAAUGUAAAUUCAGCGUAGACAAAGCGUCAGUAUGUGAGAACGUGGACGUAAGGGACGCUACAGCCACCGGAGGUAGUGCUGAGAAUUGCAAUCAAUCUGCGGUAGCUGUUAAAUGUGUGCGUGCUUGUGUAUGUGUGUGAGAGAGGGGGAGAGAGAGAGAUGUGAGGAAAAGAGAGUCGUACAUUGCGAUUCAGGACUCCUGAAUCUUGACAGCUUGCGCGUGAAGUGAGGAAUGGAUAUCUGAAAGCCAAAUCGCAUCAUAAUUGUUCGCAUGUGGGAAUAACAAUAAAUGUUAUCGUUAGAUAUCAAGAAGAAAACGACGAAUUCACAUUGUUUUCUCUUUUGUGCAUAAACGAAGAGGAGUCAUCUGUGAAUGAGAGAGACUGGGAGCUGAUGAGAAGUCGUGUCAACGGAUGGUUUUAUCUUUUUUUGCGUAUUUUUAGCCAGUCUGGAGGAAAGGACUUUAAAAUGAGUCGCCAUGACAAUAGAGGACCCGCGUCUCCCGCGCUUAGUUAGCCGCUAAUGCGUUAUACGCAUUUGUUUCUGUUGUUGUUUUAUUUUAUCGUUUCCCUACCUCCGUUACUGUGAUAAGAUAUGUGCUAACCUCGCCGUCGGGAGAGACAAGGGUGUUGUCAGAAAAAAAGAAAGAGGAGGGGGUUCAGAGGUGGUUUUUUUGCCUAUUUUUUGUUAUUUUUUAUUUUACUCCCCUUCGUUUUUAUGCGUUCUUUACUUUCUUUUCCUUUCUUUGGCUGUUUUGCGAAAGAGACUGACGCGAAGAAGGUAAAUUGAUGUGCGCGAGCCUGCGACACAUUUAUGACGAAUUACCUGUGAAUAAAAGACACCAAUGGCAUAACACCGACUUCAAGACCAACGUCUGAAAAUCUCCGGAACCUUGAAGAGAGGAAACUAAUAAGCAAGUCGCGACAGAAAGCGCGUUGAAGUAACAUCACCAUGAAGUUCUUUAGCCUUCUGAGUCAGCAGGCCUUUUGUUCGCUCCACUGAGGAGAUACCAUCUCCCUCCUUCACUUCUUCAUACACUGUAUCCCAACGUGUUGUCAUCAGGGCGGCCUAAAAACUCCCUCACACUCUUCUGUUUCGCAUCUUUCACCCAUCACUGGGGCGUAACUGACCCCAGUUGAAUCAUGUCAUUGGUGGGCGUGGCACCAUCGCGUCGGGAGUCGGGACGCUCCUGCCCGCGCCGCGUAUCUGACGCUUGCAUAGUGUGGCUGUUGGGACUGGCGCUGCGUCUGACGCUCUCCUCCUGCCAGCGGGCAGACCUCACCGCCGCCAAGCACCCCAUGGUCACCACGGGCUACGGGAAGCUUCGAGGCAUACGCAAAGAGUUGAACAACGAGAUCCUAGGCCCGGUCGAGCAGUACUUGGGCGUCCCCUACGCCACUCCCCCAAUAGGCGAAAGACGUUUCCAGCCUCCGGAGGCACCAGGGUCCUGGCAGGAGAUUCGUAACGCUACCCAGUUUGCACCAGUGUGCCCUCAGAAUAUCCAUGGGGUGUUGCCUGAGAUCAUGCUUCCUGUGUGGUUCACGGACAACCUGGAUGCAGCCGCAGCAUAUGUGCAGAACCAGAGUGAAGACUGUCUUUACCUCAACAUUUACGUCCCCACAGAGGACGGUCCGCUCACAAAAAAACACGAUGAGUCUUCGAUGAACAGGCCGAGGGACGAAGAUAUUAGAGAUCGUCGGAAGAAGCCUGUGAUGUUGUUUAUCCACGGAGGCUCAUACAUGGAGGGAACGGGAAACAUGUUUGACGCCAGCGUUCUUGCCGCCUAUGGAAACGUGAUCGUCGUCACUAUGAACUACAGAUUGGGAGUUUUGGGUUUUCUGAGCACUGGAGAUCAGUCGGCGAAGGGGAAUUAUGGGCUGUUGGACCAGAUUCAGGCUCUUCGCUGGCUUAAUGAGAACAUCGGCCACUUUGGAGGAGACCCAGAGAGAAUCACCAUAUUUGGAUCCGGGGCCGGAGCAUCAUGUGUCAACCUUCUCAUCCUGUCCCAUCACUCUGAAGGUCUGUUCCAGAGGGCUAUAGCUCAGAGCGGCACAGCCAUAUCCAGCUGGUCGGUGAACUACCGUCCGCUGACGUACACCAAGAUCCUGGCCAAGAAGGUGGGCUGCAGCUACAGCGACACUGCCGAUCUGGUGGACUGUCUGAGGAGAAAGAGCUUCAGGGAGCUUGUGGAACAGGACAUCCAACCUGCGCGCUACCACAUUGCAUUUGGACCGGUGCUGGAUGGAGAUGUGGUCCCCGACGACCCUGAGAUUCUCAUGCAGCAGGGGGAGUUUCUAAACUACGACAUCCUGCUGGGGGUGAACCAGGGCGAAGGACUGAAAUUUGUGGAUGACAGCGAGGGCGAGGAUGGGAUUUCUGCUGCCUCGUUCGAUUACACCAUAUCCAACUUUGUGGACAACCUAUACGAAUAUCCAGUCGACAUACUUCGGGAGACUAUAAAGUUUAUGUACACGGAUUGGGCUGACCGUGAUAACGGUGACAUGCGGCGUAAAACUCUCCUUGCGCUUUUUACCGACCACCAGUGGGUGGCGCCGGCAGUGGCCACGGCGAAGCUGCACGCUGAGUUCCAGUCACCCGUUUAUUUUUACACCUUCCAUCACCACUGCCAGACGGAGGCACGACCCGAGUGGGCAGAUGCGGCGCACGGCGAUGAGAUCCCAUACGUAUUCGGCGUUCCCAUGGUGGGGGCCACAGAUCUGUUUCCCUGCAACUUUUCCAAGAACGAUGUCAUGCUCAGUGCCGUGGUUAUGACAUACUGGACAAACUUCGCCAAGAGCGGUGAUCCGAACGUUCCCGUACCGCAGGAUACAAAAUUCAUCCACACCAAGCCAAAUCGCUUUGAGGAAGUGAUCUGGACCAAGUUCAGCCCUAAGGACAAGCAGUACCUGCACAUCGGAUUGAAGCCUCGCAUCCGUGACAAUUACCGUGCCAACAAGGUGGCUUUCUGGCUCGAACUGGUUCCUCAUCUUCACACCCUAACGAUCACAUAUUCAACCACAGGACUGCCCCCCGGAGGACGCGAACGCCCUGGCUGGAAGGGUCCGGCCCAGAGCCCUGGCACGCGCUCCACGCGCCACCCCACGGUCUCCACCUACCCUCCCAAUUCUGACCUGGAGGGUUCUGAACGCCCUCGCUUCUCGCCCUUCCCGGAAGAGACACGGGACUAUUCGACCGAGUUGAGCGUGACGGUGGCGGUCGGGGCGUCUCUGCUCUUCCUCAACGUGCUGGCAUUUGCCGCGUUGUACUACAAACGCGACAAGCGCCACGAGCUGCUUCAACGCCGUCACCGGCGCCUCUCGCCCCAGCGUGGGGCGGGGCCAGGCGUGGGCAUCGUUGGAGCCCCGCCCCAUAAUGACCUGGCACUUAGCCAGGAGGAGGAACUAAUGUCCUUGCAAAUGAAGCAACAGAGGGUGGAGCUCGAUCACGGCACCCCACGUGGUCUACACGGUGACCUGGAGCCCCUGAGACCGCCCGUGUGCCCGCCAGAUUACACUCUGGCGUUGAGACGGGCGCCCGAGGAUGUGCCUCUCAUGACGGCUAAUGCCCUUUCUAUGAUCCCUAGCACCAUUACUGGCAUGCAACCACUGCAUGCCUUCAACACAUAUCCACCCGCGCCUGCACCGAGUGCUGGGCACAGCAACAACGCCCUGCCCCAUCAACACUCCACCACACGGGUAUAGUAGUGGUCUCCGUUUGAGAUGAGCAACCAUAGGACCUUGAGUACUAAAAGUGGUGCUUUAUUGGAUACUGUCCCAAUGCACCACUGGCAUCCUUUUUAACUCGAAUCCCUACCUAGCACACUCUCUCUCUCUCUUUCUUAUUUCCGUGCUGUUGUCUUUCUUGGAUUGAGCAGUGGAGAACAUCACUGAGCUCCUUAAUUUUUGUUCCCCCGUUUUUCCAUGCCAUCUUCCCAACUUCUUUGCUGUAGCCGUUUCUAGUCCCCCCAAAAAAGAACAUUUUUUCCUACUUCGGACUGUUUUAUAAAUGAAGAAAGCAUACGUGUAUAAUAUGUAUUACUGAUUAUAAGGCUAUGAAUGAAAUACGAUUCUACUAUCUAAUUUUUACCAGCAUUCUUGUGCCAAGUACUGUGACCGUCGUCCAAUCAGACGCAGGCUCGUGGACAGACACGGAAAGGAUCGCCUGAACUGGAUCUAAUCGAGGAAUUUGCAGAAUUGAGAAAAGUGCCAAAUUUAUUUCGUUUUUUUUUUUUCUUUUCUGUGUUCUUUUAUGUUUAUUUUAGCUUUUUGUUUUUUGCACUAUCACUGAAAAAAGUAUUAUCUCUUGACCGCGUUUUGGGAAAUUUGCAUGAUUUAUUUUUUAAGAGGAGAAAAUGGACACCUGAACAACGGCGUUUAUUCCACAAGACUCUUCUUUCUUUUUUCUCCGUCUAUCUCUUUUUUACAUCAGCUCUUAAUUUGGAGAUUCUUUUCUCUCUGUAGGUACGUGAUCAUAUCCGGAAAUGAAAACUGAUUCUUGACGAUAGCAAACGGGAUAAAUGGUUCCCUUUUUUUUUCCGUUUAUAAUUACGAAAGCCGUACCACAAAGCAGAUCCACCUCUCCCCUUCUCUUUACUGUAUACCUCCACGUUUCUCUCUGCAUCACGAUAACUUAAGGAACGGUCACUGUGCUACGCUCUCUCUCCGUAAAAACUCGGACUCGGCACCAGCUGGAAUCUUUUAUCCGGAGCCCUAUCCAGAAUAUUCCUUGACACUAACCUUUGAGCGAUUGUCCCAGUUUGAACUCACUCGACCUGAUUCAACCUCUGGAAGUCUCUCUUUCAUGGUGCUCGGGCGAGCGGAUGAAGUCCGAGUGCUUGAAACGGGACAGAGAAGAGGCCUGGGUACUGAAAAGCUUUUGGAAGCGGUUCAUGCAUAACACGGAUGAACUCACAGGUGGUAGAGGUGUCUUCCCUCGGGCCACUUGAAUAUACAUUUAAUAUCCGUACGUGAAAGCAACUGUGCACAUUGAUCUCAUUUUCACCGUCUGUUUGGUUUGAUUUGUUUCGUCUUGUUUCUGUCAGCGGAAAGAUGAAAACCACUGAACACACUUUCUGUCACGCCCGAAUCUUGACGGAAAAAAAACAAACACAAGAUGCAAAAUGUACAUUUUUUAUAAAUGUAAGAGAUGGUCUUUGUAAAUAUUUUGUUUCUUGUUGGGCCAAUCGUAUCCACUGUAAAAACAGGUGCAAGCUCAUUCAGCCAAUCGCCACUCUUCUUCACUCACAAUCCUGAAUAACUUUAUUAGAUGUCAGUUUGCUUGAUUUUAAAGAUGCUUUUAGGGAGUGUGCACUGAAAUGACAUUCAGUUGUAGUGAAUGUUGAGGGAAUCGGGAAUAAAACACAUAUAUAUAUAUUUAAGAAUAAGCGUGGUUGAUGGGUGCAUUUGGAAAUUUGCUGCAAAACCCGAUGUGCUUUAGUCUCCAGGGACGAUACGUCAGGCUAGAUGAAAGAACCGGGGCCAAAACAAGACAAUAUUGGCUGAAAGCUAGCCAUCAUCGGUUAUACACGUAUAUGUACAAGAUUUGAUUUCCUCAUAAGAGGCUUUAAGAUAUAAAACGAGUCAGCACGGUUUUUUCGAGGGCCCUGCUGUUGGCGUUUCUCUCCUGGGUUUUCUUUAUAGCGCUUCAGUGAACGAGAUGACACCGUGGGAUUGUUGUCGUUUCUCUAAGUUCUUAGAAAUUUAGCGUUACCCGCACCAUUCGAGAUUGGCCGGGGUGGGAGUUCUGGUUUAUCUCUUUGUUGUGAAUUUGAGCUGCAUAUAUUUCAAAGUAGAGAAUUUAAACAGUUCAUAUUUUUCUACAAAAUAACAGGAGAGGAUUCUACUGGCAACUAACAGACAUAUAAAGCACAUUUUCGCCAGACGCAUAUGGUGAUAUUUUUUGUCUGGUUUGCCUGUGUAUUAUAGAGGAUUUAAAAAGAGAAAAAAACAACUGUUCAGUAUUAAUGCUUGGUCGCCAAAAAAGACUUGCACCUGUUGAGUUUUAUUUUGUUGAAUUUCAGCAACGUUUAAAGGCUUGAGGUCAGGGGACUGUACGACCGUGACGGGUCUAAAGAAUUCAUAUUUCUAUUUCCUAUACAGGCUACUACACACUGUAUGUUGUGUAUCUGAACUGGACAACAUUAAAACAGGUUAUUAAACAUA